CGCGGCCAUCUUGCGGUUGCUUGCACCAUCCAAACACCACCAUUCUAGCGAACCAUUUCCACAUUUUGAGACAACGCACCGUUCCUUCCACCAGGGAAUAGUGCAAAUCUACACCGUUCUGGUUCCGACUGCGUAGUCCUCGAAUCCUCGAGUAUUCGGUGCCAUCCUCGCUACGCAGGGAAUCGGCUUGCUCCUAAUGUCCACUUCGUCCACUCCUCAACUCUCUAGACAUAUGUCAGCCACCGAUGCCUACCAGCUUUCGCCGACGGCCAUUGAACAUCCCUCUCUCGAUCGCAUGAUUCCUUCGUCUGCCUUUGGGCAUCCGCCCUCCGAAGUGCAGCCGCGCCUGAGCAUCAGUUCCUCCCCACAGCCCUCCAUGUCAUCGAGUAGCGAUUCACACGAUACGCCUGCCUUCGAUACAGACACAGUUACGACCGCCGAGUCGCACCCUGAGACCCAACUGGACUCGCGGGCUGAAUAUGAAGACGUUGUACCCAAGGUCGAGGAAUCUGAGGUACGCUUAGCAGACGUCAAAGUUGAACCUACUGCCGACGACACGCCAAUAUCCCCCACCGAGCCUGUGCGGCUACGUCGCGCUCGAGGUCGACCCCGAAUUAAUCCUCCUCGCUCUCCCACCACAGCUGCAAAACAGGCCAAGGCGCGAUCGAAAACCGGAUGUACAACGUGUCGGAAGCGGAAAAAGAAGUGCGAUGAAACAAAACCUUUUUGUCUUUCAUGCCAGAAGAACAAUAUUCACUGUGAAGGCUACAAGCCCGUCGAAAUAUGGAAGAGCGGUAAAGACAAAGCUGCAGAAGCGCGACGGUUAAGCAUGGAUACUAAAUUUGACCUUCCGCCGCUAAUGGAGGGGGUUGAGAGCGACUUGGACCGUAUACUUCUGCAGCACUUUGUAACUAGAGCAAGUGCUGUCCUGACCUUGCACUCUGACCAGGCUUUGAAUCCUUUUACCAAGAUAUUGCUGCCUAUGGCAUUGCAGCACGAGGGUUUGAUGCACUCUGUCCUCUGUCUUUCUGCCUCUCAUCUCUGCUCGCUCACCCCUUCCAAGGAUUACGAGGAUCGCCAGGUUUUCCACCGUGGCAAAGCAUUGCAUCUACUUAAUCAAGAUCUCAAACGGCAACAAGCCGGCGAAGGCGGCGUCAUCGUGUACGAAGACUCCAACGUCGCCCAGAUACUGGUUCACCUAUUACACUCGAUAUGCGACGGCAACACCUCAGGGGAAUACAGGAUGCACAUGGUAGCAGCUAGAUCGAUCGCCCAAAAUCAAAAGCUGCGAAGCCCGGAGUUGCAAACACUCUUCGACGAGUUCUUCUACUACCACUGGAUAGCAAGCGAAAUCACCUCUCUGGAUGGUGCCGAGGUGCCCAUGAUGGAAAAUUUCAGACUUCCGUUUGAGAUCAAUCCUGAAACUGCUGCCCUGAUCGGAGUGUCCGAUGGCCUGUUCGGUUUCAUCUCCAAAAUCAGUAAUUUGCGCAGAAGACUUAGGUCAAGAAUCGAUGAGGGACUGGAGCCUCCGAUGGACUAUGAAGCCCUGCUUGCCGCCCAUGCCAUCGACACCGGGCUCCGCAGUUGGGUAUGCCCUGUGAGUCCUGGUACGCCUCGGUACACGAUCUCCAUGCUCUAUCGACAAGCCACCUGGGUCUAUCUGUAUCGUACAACCAAAGAUUCUCGUCCGCAUCAUUUCAUCAAAGCAGCAGUGGAUAACGGAAUCAAGUACAUCAAGGAACUACCGGCGGAAGGCUGGAUACAGUCGAAUGUGCUACUUCCGCUAUUUUUGCUUGGUUGUGCAGCUUUUGAGAAAGGACAAAGAGUUGAAAUCGACCGAGCCUUCAGCGGCCUCAUGGCUGUUACCGGACUAGGCAACAUUAAUCACGCUAAAGAGGUUGUGGAUCGCAUCUGGGAGCUGAUGGAUGCAAAUGAUAGCGAGAGCUGGGAUUGGGAAAAGUUAAUUCAUCAAAAGGGGUGGGAUUUCCUUGCGACUUGA